AUGAAGUAUAUUGAUGAAAUUGAUCUAGAAUUAGUAAAUCAAGAACUAAAUUUUAUAGUACCUGAAAAUAAUCUAAAUAUAAGAGGAGGAUGUGAAUUAUUUACAACAAAACCAAUUGGUUCAGAUAGGAAAUUAUUCAAGACAAUAGAUAAACAUUUAAAUCAAAUAAUAGAAGAUAAUCAAUUAUCAAGAUCAUUAGAAAAAGAAAGACAGAAUUCAUUAGGUUCAAUGUAUGGAACAAGUGGUAGUCCAAUUGAUAUACGAAUAAAUAAUCAAAAUUUUGCAGAAAGGAAAAGAAGGUCGAGUUCAAAUCUGGGGAAAUUAAAUUUUCACAAAAGUUCAGUAAUAUCAAAUACAACAGAUGAUGAAAAUAGUGCAAAUGUAAGUACAUCAUCAUUAUUAUCAAAAUCUUUAAAUGACGAUAGUAUAAUAGCGCAAGAAAUACCCAUUGAUGAAUCACCAUUUGGACCUUUAAAAAGUACAACAACAAGAAGAACUUUUGCAUAUCUUAUAGCUAUUUUGAAUAAUACAUUUCCCGAUCAAGAUUUUUCAAACUUACAACCAACUUUUGAAAAUUUUUACAAGAUUGAAUCACCAGAAGAUUUAAUACAGAAGUUCAAUAAUCUUUUAGUUUCAUUAGGUAAAAAAGAAGAUAUUUUAAAUUGGAUUUGGGAUAUAAUAAAUUCUUACAUGGAAGUAUUACCACUUAAGAAUUCAUCACCUUAUUUAUCAGCUCAAGGCUCUGGUAGUCCCACUAAUAAUCAAGGUUCAAGAAAAAACAGCUUAAACAUAAGUAGUAGGAAUGGAUCAACUUCAACAUUAAAUGGAGCAUCAAGUAAUAAUUCACCACCAGGUUCUACACCAUCAAGUUAUGAAAACUGUCAAAUAUAUCAAUUCCAACCAUCAGAUGAAUCAAUAUUUGAAGAUUUAACGUAUCCACAUCAACCAAUGUGGUCCUACUACUGGUUUAUCUACAAUCGAAAAAGAAAAAGAGUAACUUUUUUACAUUUAACAGCAAUACAAAUAUCUACAAAGGAAAAAAAACGAAAUUCAAAAGAUCUCAAUACGAAUGAUGAUAAAUUAAUUCAUGAAGAUUAUGAUGAUGAAGAAUAUGAUGAAAAUGAUGAAUAUAUAAAUAAUGGAGAAGAAGAUGAAUUAGAGGAAGAUGAUGAAGAUGUAGAUGAUUUAACUAAGGCUACUACUUUAACUGAAGAAAAUGCCGAUGUUGUUGGUGAUCUUGAAAUUUGA